AUGACGAAGAAACUCGAUGACCAGGACAAGCAAGAUGCCAUCAAGAUCAUCUUGACUGGGUUCAACACCACCGGCAACUGGGCCGCCUACGAUGUUGCGAGCACGUUGCAAGGACUAGUCUCUGCCGAUGUCAAAGGUUCGUCCAGCAAUGGCGGGAGAGACCUCCACAUCGAAACGGUCAUCUUGCCGCCUACCUAUGAAGGCAUCUCCACAAAGGUUGCGGAGCUUCACGCGGACCACAGUUGGGACUUCUUGAUUCACGUCGGUCCCGGACAUGGUUCGAGCAACGAAUCUCGAAUCCCGAAAGGAGCGGAACGAAUGGGUUACGAUGAACUCGACGCGGAAGGACAGUUUGCGCCCAUGAUCAACCCGCUUCGAGGGACUCGCGGCCUGGAAGGCAAAGGUCGCAAGUGGCACACAACGGUCGAUGUGGACGGACUCGUUCGACAUCUCACUCAGACCAGAGGUCAUCAGGCGAUUAGCUCGUGCGACAACCCCGGCCUUGGUGGAACUGGCUUUGCGUACGCCAGUAGUCUCAAGGCUGCUAGCAAGAACGGCGACGGGGUCAGGCCGGUACUUUGCUUCCUGCGUCCCGGAACCGACAACGUCGAACCGUCUGGUUCUGCAUCGCAAACGAAAGAGAUCCUCCUGGACAUCUGCGAUUGGCUUGCAUCGAACACUUCGAAAGGAAAGUCUCAGUGA